AUGUUUGGAGAACCAUAACUAUAAUAAUUAUAUAGCCCUGUCAAGAGAUAAUUAAUGAUGCAACGAAUUAUAAAUAAUAUGAAUGAGAUCUCAAAACCUGUGUCUACUUCACCUAUAAAAAGGAGAAUACGAAUUUAAUCAAAUCGUAUAGACUAUAGGAAAAAUUUGAGUAUGGCAGAAAAUGAUACAAAUAGAAACAUUACUGAACCUAAUAAUAUAGAAAUAAAGAAAUUGAUUAAAAUAAAAGCCAAUCGUAAGAUGUCUCAAGAUUAGAUGCAUCCUAAAUCUCCACCUAUGUUACCAUCAUUAUUUGAAAUCACCUUUUAAAAUCCCUUUUUUGGACAAUUUUCAUAAAGAAAACCAUAAUAUUAAAGACCAACAGAAUUUUAAGCCUUAGUAUAUAAACGAAAAUCAUGA